ACCACCGUAUCCAGGUGUCGCCUCCUCAAUUCCCACUGCCGUACGUAAUAGACCUUUUUUACGGGAUUCUGGGCUUACUUUAAACAGUGUUGAAUUUUAUCUGUACUGUAAAGAAUAGUAUUCCACAUCCAUACACUGUGGUGUUAGUGCUACCCCGCCACGACCAGGUGUCGCCGCCCUCCUCACCGCCUUACGUUAUAUGUUAUCGCGUUUUAAAUCAUUUUGAGGGGUAGGGUUUAAACAGUGACGAAUUUUCUCUAUAUAUGUAUAUACUGUAUGCUGUGUUAUGUAGAUGUUGGAAAACUCACACUGGUUGUACAUGUUGUACGUUUAUACAGAAACCCAUUUCUCAAAAUAAUCCAAAAUUGUUGCUAAGUUGCUAAAAAGAAAAAGGUUGAAACCCCCCACAAAUUAUAGUACACUUGAGCACUGAGCGAUGAAUUUACCUAGAACAAGAAGAAAAACAGGAGUAAUCCCUGUAGAAAACACCCAAUUUUAGCAACAAAAAAGAUUGGAAAUUUUCAGAAAAAAAUUCGAAAUUUACAGUUGACACAGAAAAAGAAGAUCAAGAAUAGCAGCUACUCCUCGUCAUCCACUUUCGAAAGCGAAGAAAUAACAUAGUUAAAACUAAGUGGCCUAUUUUUGUCAUGAUGAGAAGAGAAGAAUCUGAAGGAGGAAGCAGUAGGUGCCAAGACUGCGGAAAUCAAGCUAAGAAAGAUUGUGAACAUUUUAGGUGCCGAACUUGUUGCAAAAGCCGAGGUUUUCAGUGUCAAACCCAUGUUAGCAGCACUUGGAUUCCUGUAUCAAGAAGGCGGCAAAGGCAUCAACAGAUGCAAAUUUCUUCUGUCGCUCAACAACAGCAACUUCUUGGUUCAAACCCUAAAAGACACAGAGAGAAUCCAGCAUUAGGGCUAGAAGGUAAUUUUCCGGCGGAAGUGAGUUCUCCGGCGAUGUUUAGAUGCGUUAGAUUGAGCUCGACAGACAAUGCGGCGGAUCAAUAUGCAUACCAAACAUCAGUGAACAUCGGAGGACAUGUAUUCACUGGAAUUCUUUAUGACCAAGGCCCUGAGGGAACUUAUGUCGCCGGAGAAAGCUCUUCCGGUGGCAUGAUGCACCCGGAUUUUAACGCCGGCAGCACUGGUACGGCGUCCCCGCCUUCUUAUCCUAGCACUUUUAGUGCUUUUACAACUGGUUCUCAUCAGUUCUUCCAAUACCCAAAAUCUUGAACAAAAUUGUCCCUUAAUGAAAUUCUCUCCUCUCUGUCUCCAUUUUAGGCACAUUAAUGUGAGGAACUCAAUAACCAGACAAAUAUUUGACUAGGAAAAAGAGGGACAAAUCAUUUGUUCUUUAUAAUUCCGAUGAAGAAUAACUUGCUCGUCUGUGAUUUGAUUUUUGCAUUUUGUCCCAUUGCCAAAUUCUGUAUUAUUUCUUGCUAAAUUCUUGACUGCUUAUGAACUUCGAAGCUACUUUUUCCCCAGAUUA